AAUGUAUAUAUCGGGCGGAUGGAGGAGAUGAUCCGGCGAUCAGAUCCCCUCAUUCCGACCCACGCGAAACUACUGGGAACCCUCCUUUUUCGCUGGUCCUUCCCACUGUCAAGUAGGGAACGGAAAAUAGGAAUUUAACGAACUGAUCAACCGAUCAAUCAAUCAAGGAGGAGAGGAGAAGGGCUUCAUCAGUUGGGUGGGAUGGCAGUGACGGCGCUGGCGCCAGGGCUGUCUCGGAAGCUGAAGAAGGUGUUGGAGACGCGGACGGACAGCCCCGAUCUGCUAUCCUCUCUCGCGACCCUCUCCACCUUCUACGCCGACAAUACUCCGCAGGCCCGCCGCAACCUCAAGUCCUCAAUCGAGCAGCGUGCCCUCGCCAUCAAUCAUCACUUCCUCGAUGCAUCCCUCGCCGCCCAGCAGGCGCUGGAUACAGUCGAGGAGGAGGUCAAUGCCUUGGCCGAAUGUUGCGACCAGAUUGCAAAAGCAUUGAGCGGCUGCAGCGAAAGUACAGGGGAUAUCAUUAGCACCACAGAGAGGCUAAAACAGGAACUUGAGCUAACUACUCAAAGACAAGAAAUCGUGUCAUGCUUCCUUCGUGAUUACCAGCUUUCUAAUGAUGAGAUAAAUGCUUUAAGGGAAGAAGAACUUGGUGAGAAUUUCUUCAAGGCACUUGUGCAUGUUCAAGAAAUUCAUGCCAACUGCAAGAUACUGCUAAGAACACAUCACCAGCGUGCUGGAUUGGAGCUAAUGGAUAUGAUGUCUGUUUACCAAGAAGGAGCCUAUGAGAGACUAUGCAGGUGGGUUCAAGCUGAGUGUAAGAAAUUGGGUGAUACUGAUAAUCCUGAAGUUAGUGAUCUUUUAAAGACAGCUAUUUGUUGCCUUAAAGAAAGGCCUGUUCUUUUCAAGUACUGUGCAGAAGAGAUUGCAAAUAUGAGGCAUCAUGCACUGUUCAGACGAUUUAUAAGUGCCCUUACACGAGGAGGACCCGGAGGGCUGCCAAGACCUAUUGAAGUGCAUGCACAUGAUCCUUUACGUUAUGUUGGUGACAUGUUAGGAUGGCUUCAUCAGGCUUUGGCAUCUGAAAGAGAACUUGUACUUGUCUUACUCGACACCGAUGCUAAUAGUGACGCAGAUUCUAUUGUCCAUCACUUUUCCAAAAGUUCUGAAAGUGAUCAUACAAAAUUUGAGCCGGAGAUUACCUUUGUUCUGGAUAGAAUAUUUGAAGGGGCAUGUAGACCAUUCAAAAUAAGAGUUGAGCAAGUUUUGCAGUCUCAGCCUAGCCUUAUUAUUUCCUAUAAAUUGAGUAACACAUUGGAGUUCUACAGUCACACUAUUUCAGACUUGCUUGGAAGAGAGACAGCUCUUUGCAAUACACUUUGGUUACUCAAGGAUGCUGCUCAGCAAACUUUCUUCAACAUUCUUAAGGGUCGUGGAGAGAAACUUUUAAGGUACCCUCCACUGGUUGCGGUUGAUUUAUCUCCACCGCCAGCAGUGCGAGAAGGAGUUUCUUUGUUGCUUGAUCUUAUUGACACCGACAACAGCAUGAUGGUUCCUGCUUCUGUCAAAAAGCCAGAUUUUGAUCCUGUGAUUACUGCUUUACUUGAUCCUAUUGUUCAGAUGUGUGAACAAGCAGCUGAGGCCCUGAAAUCUAAAGGCGUGCUUUCAAAGAGAAGUAGAACAAGUUCAGAUUUGGGGUCUAGCAGCAGAGAUUCUUUGACAUUUGAUGCAAUGCUUAGCAAGAAAACAUCCACCUUGACUCAGGGUGCCGAAAUGUCAAGCACAAUAUACCUCAUCAACUGCUUGUCAGCUAUUCAGCAAGCACUAGUAGACCAGGGGGUUGCUGCAAAUUAUGUGGAUAAAAUAACCUCUGAUAUUGACACAAAUGUCAGUAUCCUUGUGCAAAUGGAAGUAGAUGCCAUUCUAACGAGAUGUGGGUUGUUGAGCAAGAUAUCUUACAUUCAGAACUCUACCAGUGAAGUUGACAGUGAGCCUGGACCCUUAGCACAGGCACCUGAGAUGUCACCUCUGGUGCUAUCUGAAAGCUUAAGGACAUUUUUUGGUCUGGUCACUGGAACUGAAGGUUUGCUCCCAGAAUUUGAACAAUUACAACUUCCUAGGUUGCGUUCUGAUGCAUCCAUCCGUGUUGCAAGGGCACUAGCAGAUGGUUAUGAGCUCCUCUACAAGGCAGUCGUUGACCCUAAGAAUAAAUACCCUGAUCCUAGGUCCUUGGUGAGACAUUCACCAGAUCAGAUAAAAACCAUUUUAGAAAUUUGAGGUUUGAUCCUGUCAUGAGGCUUUUGUCUUUUCAUUCUGUAAUCUUUUUCCCAGUUGCCAGAGUUUGAGUUUUGGAGCAACUAAAUCUUUACAAGGAAUAUACAUGAACCUAUUGAUAAACUUGCAGGUAAUAUUUGUGAAUUACAUACUGUUGGCAUGUAACAAACAGAAAUUUCGUCUGCCA